UUUCGAAAGCCUUCAAAACUGUCAACAAAUCCCUGCGGAGUGUCAUAUUCUCAUUUGCAUCGCACAGACUCAAUACACAGCUCGUGCAUGCACAAGAAUCGCCUAAAUUGUGUUUAGAAAAGGGCCAGUCAAUGCUAGAAGCGCGCUUGGUGGAAGUUCCGAUCUCUUUUCUCUGAUCCGUGUCGCUUUAGCUGGUUAGCGUAGCUCCCACAGCCGCCCGGAUGCGGUGAAACACCGCAGCUAUACUGUAGCUUCAGCCCCGGCCUUCCGACGUGCACAAGUGGCUUCCAUCAUGUCAAGCGCUCGCCAGCAGCAGUCUGGUGGUGUGCCAGUGUCCGUUCCCGGGACGAGCACUGGGAGCACAGGCAGCAGCAGUGGCGAUGGUGGGGCGAGCAACAGCGGCUCUCUGAACGGCAACAGCUCCGGUAAUGGUGUGUCCUCUCGAACUCUGGGAUCGGGAGCCGAGGGACAGAGCGCUAAACUGGGUUCGUCGAGCAGGAAAAGACCCUAUUAUAACGGUCUGACCAAUCCGUAUGAAGAUAAGAGUAAUGAUUUUGUGUGCCCCAUAUGUUUUGAGAUGAUAGAGGAAGCUCACAUGACAAAGUGUGGCCACAGUUUCUGUUAUAAAUGUAUACGACAGAGUUUAGAGGACAGCAACAGAUGCCCAAAAUGUAAUUAUAUUAUUGACAAUGUGGAUCAGCUGUAUCCCAACUUCUUAGUGAAUGAACUUAUCCUAAAACAGAAACAAAGGUCUGAAGAGAAGCGUCUGAAACGGGAUCACCCUAAUGGAACAAAAUGGCAGGUUUUCCAGGAUGUUCUUGGCACAGAUCAAGAGAACAUGGAUUUGGCAAACGUGAACUACAUAUUAGAGUAUCUGUUGCAAAAAAAGAAACAACUUGAGGCGGAAUCACAAACUGCUCAGCGGCAAAUCUUAAUGGAAUUCCUGAAAGAAGCCAGACGAAAUAAAAGAGAGCAACUGGAACAGUUACAAAAAGAACUUAACUGUUUAGAAGAGGAUAUCAAAAGAGUUGAGGAAAUGAGUGGUAUGUACUCACCAGUGAGUGACAUGGACCCCAACUUGGACAGUACUGUCCCACAGUUUGAGGCUCCCUCUCCUGUACCCAGCAGUAGCAUAAUAGAUCCCACAGAAUACAUUCCGCCCCCUUUUGGUGGAAGCUCUCAGGGUAAAAGACAAACUUGGUACAACAGCACUCUUGCGUCACGGCGAAAGAAACUCACAGCACACUUUGAGGAUCUAGAGCAGUGUUAUUUCUCCAAUAGGAUGUCUCAAAUAACGGAUGACAGCAGGACUGUUAACCAACUGGAUGACUUCAUGGAGUGUCUAUCCAAAUUCACCCGUUACAACUCUGUAAGGCCUCUGGCUACCCUCUCUUAUGCUAGUGACCUCUAUAAUGGCUCCAGUAUUGUGUCCAGCAUUGAGUUUGACCGCGACUGUGAUUACUUUGCCAUUGCCGGUGUCACUAAGAAAAUUAAAGUGUUUGAGUACGGAACUGUGAUCCAGGAUGCCGUGGACAUUCAUUAUCCUGUCAACGAGAUGACAUGUAACUCUAAAAUUAGCUGUAUCAGCUGGAGUAGCUACCACAAAAAUCUGUUGGCGAGCAGUGACUAUGAAGGGACUGUCAUUCUUUGGGAUGGGUUCACAGGGCAGAGGUCAAAGGUGUACCAGGAGCAUGAAAAGCGAUGUUGGAGUGUGGAUUUCAACCUUAUGGAUCCUAAGCUCUUAGCAUCGGGAUCAGAUGACGCAAAAGUUAAGUUGUGGUCCACCAACCUGGAUAAUUCAGUAGCCUGCAUUGAAGCUAAGGCCAAUGUAUGCUGUGUCAAGUUCAGUCCAACCUCUCGAUAUCACCUUGCAUUUGGUUGUGCAGACCACUGUGUGCACUACUAUGACCUGAGAAACACUAAGCAGCCCAUCAUGGUAUUUAAAGGUCACAGGAAAGCAGUGUCCUAUGCUAAGUUUGUCAAUGGAGAAGAGAUUGUGUCUGCCUCAACAGACAGUCAGCUUAAACUCUGGAAUGUGAACAAGCCACAUUGCUUGCGCUCCUUCAAAGGCCACAUCAACGAGAAGAACUUUGUGGGUCUGGCAUCUAAUGGAGACUAUGUAGCAUGUGGAAGUGAAAACAACUCUCUGUACCUGUACUACAAGGGGCUCUCCAAGACGCUGCUGACUUUCAAGUUUGACACCGUGAAGAGUGUCCUGGACAAGGACAAAAAGGAGGACGACACCAAUGAAUUUGUCAGCGCAGUGUGCUGGCGAGCACUACCAGAUGGGGAGUCAAAUGUGCUGAUUGCAGCCAACAGUCAAGGAACAAUCAAGGUACUUGAGCUGGUCUGAAGGUCCACUUGAAUCAGUGGUCGGAACCUUCGAAAGAACUGUUGCUUCUCUGAGAGUUUGAUACAAGGGAACUAAUGCUUGGGAGAACUGAAGCAAACAGUUCUGAGGAAACAACCAGCAGAACUGGUUUUUAUCAGCAUUAUAUUUUUAAUAGACUUGAUCAUUCUGCAUUGUCAUGCUAUCGCUGUAUGUGAAAUGUUGAGAAUGAGGACUUGUUUGUGCUAACAGGGAGUUUUUUUUUUUUUUUUAAUAAAGUUCUUUAAUAAAGGUAACAAAGUUAUUGUUGAAUAACUAAACAUCUUUACAUGUGGAGGGAAAGAAUCAUUCUCAAAUUAGACUCAUUUAAACCUUUACUAGAGGCAGUCCUAGCCAGAGAAAGAGCUAUGAGACAUUUAAGGCCAAAGCACAAGUCCAUAACACAAUACUUUUUGUUGUAUAAAUUAGCAGUCUUUGAUUCUUUUGAGCCUGUUGUAUCCAUUAAUCUUUUUUUUUUUUACACUUUCUGUUUAUCCAUAAUAUAUUUAUAAGCCUUGGCAUAUUAUGAUAUUCUCCCCAAAUGGAAUUACUGGACCUUUUUAGCUUUUGUUUUGGUUAAGUGGACAUGCUUAUAUCAAGGGUAUUUUAAAGUACACAUAAUGUACUCAUAAUUUGGUGUUACUUGGAAAUUGUAUGUCCAACAACAUCUUCUACUCAUCAAAGAAUCUGUGCAUGAGAUUCUCCUCAGGAUGCCAUGUUUUGAAGUUGUAAAAUUAAUGUCUGAAUAUGUUGCUGUCUUUCAGUAAUGUUAUGACAAAAUUGCUUUAAAGUUUCAUUCACAGGCAAAGGUUUUGCAUGUUCACAAAUUUCCAAACUUGUAGACUAAAAUAUAACUCAUCAAAAGCCUAAUGACACUAUGUAUAUUUUAUUGGGAUUACUUAAGAUCACCCAUGACAUUGCUGCUCUCUCACAUUUGAGUUCUUGUACAAGUGUUAUUUAUUUUAAUAAUUUAUAGAAAUUGUGAGAACAUUGGACCCAAUAGCCUUUAGGUUUUGAGCUUUAUGCAUAGGUUCUCUGUUGCAUCCCAGUCAUUCUAAUUGUUAUUUUACCCAAUUUAACACAUUUAUUUGAAUUAAUAAAUGAUCAUUCUUUUUCUUUUUCUUUUAUUGGUUAAAGAUGGUGUCUCUCUUUCUGACUGGCAAAUGCAGAACA